AUGCGUGUGCAGCAGCGCUUCGCAGGCAUCUGCCUCAGUCCAACGGGGCAGAGGGCGGUGUCAAGAGCAGACGCGCCGCUGCUGGCAGCCAAGGGUCUGGCCGUGGUGGACUGCUCCUGGGCUCGCCUCGCUGACGUGCCCUUCGCUGCCCUCAAGUCCCCCGCUCCCAGGCUCUGUGAGUCGGUGCUCCCAGGCUCUUGUUGGUUGCUGUUUGCUCCUCUUACUCCUCUUGAAAUCAUCUGCCUUUCUCUCACUCCCCUUGCUCUCACUCCCCUUGCCUCUCACUCCCCUUGCUCUCACUCCCCUUGCUCUCACUCCCCUUGCUCUCACUCCCCUUGCUCUCACUCCCUUGCUCUCACUCCUCUUGCUCUCACUCCCCUUGCUCUCAUUCCCCUUGCCUCUCACUCCCCUUGCCUCUCACUCCCCUUGCUCUCACUCCCCUUGCUCUCACUCCCCUUGCUCUCACUCCCCUUGCUCUCACUCCCCUUGCCUCUCACUCCCCUUGCUCUCACUCCCCUUGCCUCUCACUCCCCUUGCUCUCACUCCCCUUGCUCUCACUCCCCUUGCUCUCACUCCCCUUGCCUCUCACUCCCCUUGCUCUCACUCCCCUUGCUCUCACUCCCCUUGCCUCUCACUCCCCUUGCUCUCACUCCCCUUGCUCUCACUCCCCUUGCUCUCACUCCCCUUGCUCUCACUCCCCUUGCCUCUCACUCCCCUUGCUCUCACUCCCCUUGCCUCUCACUCCCCUUGCUCUCACUCCCCUUGCUCUCACUCCCCUUGCUCUCACUCCCCUUGCCUCUCACUCCCCUUGCUCUCACUCCCCUUGCUCUCACUCCCCUUGCCUCUCACUCCCCUUGCUCUCACUCCCCUUGCUCUCACUCCCCUUGCUCUCACUCCCCUUGCUCUCACUCCCCUUGCUCUCACUCCGCUUGCCUCUCACUCCCCUUGCCUCUCACUCCCCUUGCUCUCACUCCCCUUGCUCUCACUCCCCUUGCUCUCACUCCCCUUGCUCUCACUCCCCUUGCUCUCACUCCCCUUGCUCUCACUCCCCUUGCCUCUCACUCCCCUUGCUCUCACUCCCCUUGCUCUCACUCCCCUUGCCUCUCACUCCCCUUGCUCUCACUCCCCUGCGCUAUCCUUUCUCCUGCGGACCAGAUCCGCCCUCCCGCGGACCAGAUCCGCCCUCCUGCGGACCAGAUCCGCCUUCCCGCAGACCAGAUCCGCCCUCCCGCGGACCAGAUCCGCCCUCCUGCGGACCAGAUCCGCCCUCCCGCGGACCAGAUCCGCCCUCCCGCGGACCAGAUCCGCCCUCCCGCGGACCAGAUCCGCCCUCCCGCGGACCAGAUCCGCCCUCCCGCGGACCAGAUCCGCCCUCCCGCGGACCAGAUCCGCCCUCCCGCGGACCAGAUCCGCCCUCCCGCGGACCAGAUCCGCCCUCCCGCGGACCAGAUCCGCCCUCCCGCGGACCAGAUCCGCCCUCCCGCGGACCAGAUCCGCCCUCCCGCGGACCAGAUCCGCCCUCCCGCGGACCAGAUCCGCCCUCCCGCGGACCAGAUCCGCCCUCCUGCGGACCAGAUCCGCCCUCCUGCGGACCAGAUCCGCCCUCCCGCGGACCUGCAACAAUUCUUCUUUCUCACAUCCCCUUGCUCUCACUCCCCUUGCUCUCACUCCCCUUGCUCUCACUCCCCUUGCCUCUCACUCCCCUUGCUCUCACUCCCCUUGCUCUCACUCCCCUUGCUCUCACUCCCCUUGCUCUCACUCCCCUUGCCUCUCACUCCCCUUGCUCUCACUCCCCUUGCUCUCACUCCCCUUGCUCUCACUCCCCUUGCUCUCACUCCCCUUGCUCUCACUCCCCUUGCCCCUCACUCCCCUUGCCUCUCACUCCCCUUGCCUCUCACUCCCCUUGCUCUCACUCCCCUUGCUCUCACUCCCCUUGCCUCUCACUCCCCUUGCCUCUCACUUCCCUUGCUCUCACUCCCCUUGCUCUCACUCCCCUUGCUCUCACUCCCCUUGCCUCUCACUCCCCUUGCUCUCACUCCCCUUGACUCUCACUCCCCUUGCUCUCACUCCCCUUGCUCUCACUCCCCUUGCUCUCACUCCCCUUGCUCUCACUCCCCUUGCUCUCACUCCGCUUGCCUCUCACUCCCCUUGCUCUCACUCCCCUUGCUCUCACUCCCCUUGCUCUCACUCCCCUUGCUCUCACUCCCCUUGCUCUCACUCCCCUUGCCUCUCACUCCCCUUGCUCUCACUCCCCUUGCUCUCACUCCCCUUGCCUCUCGCCCUCGCCUUGCGUUCAUCUGCGCCUGCUGUUCACUCCCAUUGCUCGCGCACCUCCCACCCUCCCGUGGUGCAGUGCCGUGGCUGGUGGCGGCCAACCCAGUCAACUACGGCAAGCCCUGCCAGCUGUCGUGCGUUGAGGCCAUGGCUGCUGCACUCUACAUCUGGUGGGUGUACCGUACCACACCGCACACCACCGCACACAGUGGGUCCAGGGGGAUGCUCACAUGGCCGAUGGUGGGCCAACGCACACAUGGUGGUGCUCGUGGUAUGAUGGGUGCUCGUGGUAUGAUGGGUGCUCGUUGUAUGAUGGGUGCUCGUGGUAUGAUGGGUGCUCGUGGUAUGAUGGGUGCUCGUGGUAUGAUGGGUGCUCGUGGUAUGAUGGGUGCUCGUGGUAUGAUGGGUGCUCGUGGUAUGAUGGGUGCUCGUGGUAUGAUGGGUGCUCGUUGUAUGAUGGGUGCUCGUUGUAUGAUGGGUGCUCGUGGUAUGAUGGGUGCUCGUUGUAUGAUGGGUGCUCGAGGUAUGAUGGGUGCUCGUUGUAUGAUGGGUGCUCGUGGUAUGAUGGGUGCUCGUUGUAUGAUGGGUGCUCGUUGUAUGAUGGGUGCUCGUGGUAUGAUGGGUGCUCGUGGUAUGAUGGGUGCUCGUGGUAUGAUGGGUGCUCGUGGUAUGAUGGGUGCUCGUGGUAUGAUGGGUGCUCGUGGUAUGAUGGGUGCUCGUGGUAUGAUGGGUGCUCGUGGUAUGAUGGGUGCUCGAGGUAUGAUGGGUGCUCGAGGUAUGAUGGGUGCUCGUUGUAUGAUGGGUGCUCGUUGUAUGAUGGGUGCUCGUUGUAUGAUGGGUGCUCGUUGUAUGAUGGGUGCUCGUGAUAUGAUGGGUGCUCGUUGUAUGAUGGGUGCUCGAGGUAUGAUGGGUGCUCGUGGUAUGAUGGGUGCUCGUGGUAUGAUGGGUGCUCGUGGUAUGAUGGGUGCUCGUGGUAUGAUGGGUGCUCGUGGUAUGAUGGGUGCUCGUGGUAUGAUGGGUGCUCGUGGUAUGAUGGGUGCUCGUGGUAUGAUGGGUGCUCGUGGUAUGAUGGGUGCUCGUGGUAUGAUGGGUGCUCGUGGUAUGAUGGGUGCUCGUGGUAUGAUGGGUGCUCGUGGUAUGAUGGGUGCUCGUGGUAUGAUGGGUGCUCGUGGUAUGAUGGGUGCUCGUGGUAUGAUGGGUGCUCGUGGUAUGAUGGGUGCUCGUGGUAUGAUGGGUGCUCGUGGUAUGAUGGGUGCUCGUGGUAUGAUGGGUGCUCGUGGUAUGAUGGGUGCUCGUGGUAUGAUGGGUGCUCGUGGUAUGAUGGGUGCUCGUGGUAUGAUGGGUGCUCGUGGUAUGAUGGGUGCUCGUGGUAUGAUGGGUGCUCGUGGUAUGAUGGGUGCUCGUGGUAUGAUGGGUGCUCGUGGUAUGAUGGGUGCUCGAGGUAUGAUGGGUGCUCGUGGUAUGAUGGGUGCUCGUGGUAUGAUGGGUGCUCGUGGUAUGAUGGGUGCUCGUGGUAUGAUGGGUGCUCGUGGUAUGAUGGGUGCUCGUGGUAUGAUGGGUGCUCGUGGUAUGAUGGGUGCUCGUGGUAUGAUGGGUGCUCGUGGUAUGAUGGGUGCUCGUGGUAUGAUGGGUGCUCGUGGUAUGAUGGGUGCUCGUGGUAUGAUGGGUGCUCGUGGUAUGAUGGGUGCUCGUGGUAUGAUGGGUGCUCGUGGUAUGAUGGGUGCUCGUGGUAUGAUGGGUGCUCGUGGUAUGAUGGGUGCUCGUGGUAUGAUGGGUGCUCGUGGUAUGAUGGGUGCUCGUGGUAUGAUGGGUGCUCGUGGUAUGAUGGGUGCUCGUGGUAUGAUGGGUGCUCGUGGUAUGAUGGGUGCUCGUGGUAUGAUGGGUGCUCGUUGUAUGAUGGGUGCUCGUGGUAUGAUGGGUGCUCGUGGUAUGAUGGGUGCUCGUGGUAUGAUGGGUGCUCGUGGUAUGAUGGGUGCUCGUGGUAUGAUGGGUGCUCGUGGUAUGAUGGGUGCUCGUGGUAUGAUGGGUGCUCGUGGUAUGAUGGGUGCUCGUGGUAUGAUGGGUGCUCGUGGUAUGAUGGGUGCUCGUGGUAUGAUGGGUGCUCGGUAUGAUGGGUGCUCGUGGUAUGAUGGGUGCUCGUGGUAUGAUGGGUGCUCGUGGUAUGAUGGGUGCUCGUGGUAUGAUGGGUGCUCGUGGUAUGAUGGGUGCUCGUGGUAUGAUGGGUGCUCGUGGUAUGAUGGGUGCUCGUGGUAUGAUGGGUGCUCGUGGUAUGAUGGGUGCUCGUGGUAUGAUGGGUGCUCGUGGUAUGAUGGGUGCUCGUGGUAUGAUGGGUGCUCGUGGUAUGAUGGGUGCUCGUGGUAUGAUGGGUGCUCGUGGUAUGAUGGGUGCUCGUGGUAUGAUGGGUGCUCGUGGUAUGAUGGGUGCUCGUGGUAUGAUGGGUGCUCGUGGUAUGAUGGGUGCUCGUGGUAUGAUGGGUGCUCGUGGUAUGAUGGGUGCUCGUGGUAUGAUGGGUGCUCGUGGUAUGAUGGGUGCUCGUGGUAUGAUGGGUGCUCGUGGUAUGAUGGGUGCUCGUUGUAUGAUGGGUGCUCGUGGUAUGAUGGGUGCUCGUGGUAUGAUGGGUGCUCGUGGUAUGAUGGGUGCUCGUGGUAUGAUGGGUGCUCGUGGUAUGAUGGGUGCUCGUGGUAUGAUGGGUGCUCGUGGUAUGAUGGGUGCUCGUGGUAUGAUGGGUGCUCGUGGUAUGAUGGGUGCUCGUGGUAUGAUGGGUGCUCGUGGUAUGAUGGGUGCUCGUGGUAUGAUGGGUGCUCGUGGUAUGAUGGGUGCUCGUGGUAUGAUGGGUGCUCGUGGUAUGAUGGGUGCUCGUGGUAUGAUGGGUGCUCGUGGUAUGAUGGGUGCUCGUGGUAUGAUGGGUGCUCGUGGUAUGAUGGGUGCUCGUGGUAUGAUGGGUGCUCGUGGUAUGAUGGGUGCUCGUGGUAUGAUGGGUGCUCGUGGUAUGAUGGGUGCUCGUGGUAUGAUGGGUGCUCGUGGUAUGAUGGGUGCUCGUGGUAUGAUGGGUGCUCGUGGUAUGAUGGGUGCUCGUGGUAUGAUGGGUGCUCGUGGUAUGAUGGGUGCUCGUGGUAUGAUGGGUGCUCGUGGUAUGAUGGGUGCUCGUGGUAUGAUGGGUGCUCGUGGUAUGAUGGGUGCUCGUGGUAUGAUGGGUGCUCGUGGUAUGAUGGGUGCUCGUGGUAUGAUGGGUGCUCGUGGUAUGAUGGGUGCUCGUGGUAUGAUGGGUGCUCGUGGUAUGAUGGGUGCUCGUGGUAUGAUGGGUGCUCGUGGUAUGAUGGGUGCUCGUGGUAUGAUGGGUGCUCGUGGUAUGAUGGGUGCUCGUGGUAUGAUGGGUGCUCGUGGUAUGAUGGGUGCUCGUGGUAUGAUGGGUGCUCGUGGUAUGAUGGGUGCUCGUGGUAUGAUGGGUGCUCGAGGUAUGAUGGGUGCUCGAGGUAUGAUGGGUGCUCGUGGUAUGAUGGGUGCUCGUGGUAUGAUGGGUGCUCGUGGUAUGAUGGGUGCUCGUGGUAUGAUGGGUGCUCGUGGUAUGAUGGGUGCUCGUGGUAUGAUGGGUGCUCGUGGUAUGAUGGGUGCUCGUGGUAUGAUGGGUGCUCGUGGUAUGAUGGGUGCUCGUGGUAUGAUGGGUGCUCGUGGUAUGAUGGGUGCUCGUGGUAUGAUGGGUGCUCGUUGUAUGAUGGGUGCUCGUUGUAUGAUGGGUGCUCGUUGUAUGAUGGGUGCUCGUUGUAUGAUGGGUGCUCGUUGUAUGAUGGGUGCUCGUUGUAUGAUGGGUGCUCGUUGUAUGAUGGGUGCUCGUUGUAUGAUGGGUGCUCGUUGUAUGAUGGGUGCUCGGUAUGA